AUGGAAUUAAAAAAUGAAUAGAUGAGCGACUUAAUUGAAGAUAAUGGAUUUAGAGAUAUUGAUGUUACUAAUUGGUCUGAACUUGUAGGUAUAGUUUUUAUCUAAAUGAUUAUUUAGCUACUUUAAUUUUAAGCAUCAUUGCUAAUAUUUUAUUAUUUAUUAUUUUUUAGAGAAUCUAAAAUUUGUUUAUUUGGAAAAAAGAAGACCCUAAAAAUAAUCCAUCUAAAAUGCUAAGUGUAAAUUGCUUAUUAGUAAUAACGAUAUUAUGUAAAUAAAAUAAUUAUUAAAGUUAAGAUCUUUUCAUUAUAUUAUUCAAUAGCAGGUUUCUUUUUUAGUUAAUUUUGGAAUUGGAAAUGUGAUGAAAGAAAUACUUUAACUAUUUCACCAUCAUUUUACAUAAUAAUUUAAAUUUGUUAAGCAUAAACUUUGAAUUUCAUAUUUUGUUUUUGUAGCAAUUUAUGGCUUAAGUUAUGGAGAAUGAAAUUAAGAAUUGAUCAAAAUAAAAAAUUGCUAAGCUUAACCAAGAUUUUAUAAAUAUAUCUUUCCAUCUUAAUUGUUACAAUACCAAUACUUACCUUAGUUUCAUUAAUUUUAGGAAUAUAUAUUAGUAACAUACGAGAAUAUGUUUUGGGUGCUUUAACUUUAUUAAGCACUUUUUCAUUUGCAUUUAUUAUUCUGAUAUUAUAUUCUAAACUCAAAGAUUAAUAUAGUGUUGGUGAUCAUUACAGAUCGGUAAAUUUUUAAUAAAUAUUUUAGAGAUUAAAAUAUUUAUUAAUUGGAAUAAUAAUUUGUGCUCUUUUUAGGCCUACUUUUAAUUUUUUAUUUUCUCAAAAUUUUUUUUGGAAAUUGAAAUCAGGAAAAAUAUGUAAUGAUAAUGAGGAAAUUUAUACAUUACCUGAUCAAGGUAUUAAUUGGUAUGAAAUUUAUAGAUUUUUAUAUAGGGCUAUUUUUUAAUUCUUUUAUUCAUCUAUAAACGAUUUCAUUCCUAUUUGUAUAUUAUCAUUAUUAUUUUCUCCUAAUUUAUCUAGGAGAAAAACUUUAGUAAAUGUAAGCGAUGGAUGGGAUUCAAAUUUAGAGUGA